ACUCUACUUAAAUGGACUCCCUGCACCUCACACACAAACACACACAUGCUAACAUCAUGCCGCCGUUUGAGAAGAGUCAGCUGCAGAGCAUACCUUUCAAACAGAGGAAGAGCUUUGUGACCAGGAAGCAGGAGGUGGCUGGAAUCCGUGCGAAGUUCCCCAACAAAGUCCCGGUCAUCAUCGAGCGCUAUGAGAGGGAGAAGUACCUGCCUCCACUGGACAAAACCAAGUUCUUGGUGCCACACGAACUCACCAUGACACAGUUUGUCACCAUUAUCAGGAACCGCAUGGCGUUGCUCCCCAGUCAGGCUUUCUACCUGCUCAUCAACAGCAGCGGGCUGGCCAGCAUGUCUCUGACCAUGGCUCAGGUGUACAACGACCACCAGGACGACGACGGCUUCCUCUACAUGACUUACGCCUCUCAGGAAAUGUUCGGACACGGAUAGCUGGCCUUUAGGUUUCACGCUCCUGUAAAUACAAAAUAUUUGUAAUGUUGGUCCUACCUGGUUUUUGUAAAAUGGAUUUUAAUUCUGUUCAAUAAAUAUGUAUAGUUAAUGGUCUGCUUACUGACUGCCAUGG